AUUAAUCUUUUGGUACCGUAGUGAUUCAGGAAACUAGUAUAUAAAUAAACAAACAACCGUCGGUCUGACAUAACGUGUUUAGACGCCAACAUGUCGAAGUAUACGUGUCUCGUUGUUUUUUCCUGUUGCCUUGUGUUGUGUGUUGGGCAUAAAGCCGUAUGUGGACCAAAUGAAGAGUUGCAGUGCAUACAGUCGUGCCCCCCUCAAGUGACUUGUGCGAAUCGUCACAUAGCGACGAGCUGUGCAUAUAUAGACGACUCUUGUGAACAUACGUGUGUGUGCAAGGGUAACCUCAUAAGGAACGAUGCAGGCGAAUGUAUACCCGAAUCUAAGUGUGAAAACUGUGUACUUGCCAAUGAGUUCUUCGAAUGCGGGAGUGCGUGUGACAACGAGUGUGCGACCUUGGCCACUCAGAACAGAACCCACUGUCCUAUCAAGAACAUAGUGUGCAACCGCCAGUGCUACUGUGAGGAUGGGUACGCGAGAGACGAGGAUGGGUACUGCAUACCGGUUGAAGAAUGCCCUAAGUUCGAAUACUGCGGAAAAAACGAAGAGUAUCAAUGUGUGCGGCAGUGCCCCGGUGAAAGAACAUGCAACGACCGUGACAUAGGAAUAUCUUGUUUGCCCGAAGAUAACUAUUGUCAUUACAUAUGUGCUUGCAAGCAUGGAUUUAUAAGGAAUGAAAAUAAUGAAUGUAUUAGUGAAGAUCAGUGUGAAAUAUGUACAAGGGAGAAUGAGGAGCAUGACUGCGGCGAAUUGUGUGACAAUGUUUGUGCGACGUUGUCUGAGCGGAACAGAACUCAUUGUGAUCUGUGGAACCCCAGAUGUGUCCGCCAGUGUUACUGCAAGGAUGGCUACGCAAGAGACGAGAACAGAAAUUGUAUACCUAUUGACAAAUGCCCUGAAACACCAAAAUAUGAAGAGACAUUGUCGUUACUACUCCUCUUCGUAUAUUAUAAUAAAGUAUUAAUACACAAACCUCUGUAUUUUAUUCUUCAGUACCUCACUAAAUAUUUAGGUUGCAGAAUCAUCCAGAAGCUUAAAGACUGCGGAAAAAACGAAGAGUAUCAAUGUGUGCGGCAGUGCCCCGGUGAAAGAACAUGCAACGAUCGUGACAUAUCGAUAUCUUGUUUGCCCGAAGAUAACUAUUGUCAUUACAUAUGUGCUUGCAAGCAUGGAUUUAUAAGGAAUGAAAAUAAUGAAUGUAUUAGUGAAGAUCAGUGUGAAAUAUGUACAAGGGAGAAUGAGGAGUAUGACUGCGGCGAAUUGUGUGAUAAUGUUUGUGCGACGUUGUCUGAGCGGAAUAGAACUCAUUGUGAUCUGUGGAACCCCAGAUGUGUCCGCCAGUGUUACUGCAAGGAUGGCUACGCAAGAGACGAGAACAGAAAUUGUAUACCUAUUGACAAAUGCCCUGAAACGACAAAUCAAGAACAGAAUGCAUUUAAUUCAGAAUGUGGAAAGAAUGAAGAGUGGAAAUGUGUGCAGUCGUGUCCCCCUGAAAAGUCCUGCAACACCCGCGACAUAGGAAUAGGAUGUACUCAAGAAUAUAGACCAUGUGAAUCCACCUGUGUUUGCAAGCCCGGAUUUAUAAGGAAUGAUAAUAAUGAAUGUGUUACUGAGGAUCAGUGUGAAAUAUGUUCAAGGGAGAAUGAGUUCUAUGACUGCGGCACUCCAUGUGACAACUUCUGUUCAACGUUGAUAGAGCGGAACAGAACCCACUGUGAUGUAUGGAGCUACAAAUGUGUACGCAAGUGCUACUGCAAGGAUGGCUUCGCAAGAGACGAUAGUAGAAAGUGUAUACCUAUUGCCAAAUGUCCUAAAACUCCAAAAUACGAAGACUGUGAUUAAUAUACACUAUACAGUAUCUAUAUUUUAUUUAUUGAAAUAAAUGAAAUUUAAGUUUAUGUAUAUCUGUGAAAUGAACAGCCCAGUCUACACUGUAGUACCAAGAUUCCAAAGAUUGUAAAGCAUAAAGCUAAGGUUGGACUUCGAUAGUGGUAGCUACCACUCUCGGACUGUUCCUCUUUUUAUAUUAAA